CGACCAUAUUACAAUCAAUACAAGAUAUAGAGGUCGAGGGGCUCCAACUAUUGCGACCUUCGUCCAUCGCAUUGCUGCGACAUUCCUCCCGUGGUCGAUGCGAGUGAACGCGCUGAUCAACGUCUAAAAAUUCGGUCUGCGCUCUUGGGAUCCACCGUUCGCGAUUCACGCUCAGCCCUUGGUGCUUACACAUCCGCCAAAAAUGCAGUCCUGGUUGAACACAUUACGAAGGUGACAUGUUCGGUCACAACAACAAUAGCAAUAGCCGUGGUGGCCAGAGCGGAAACAAUCAGGUUUGCCAAUUCUUUCUACAAGGCCGGUGCAAGUUUGGCGAUGGCUGUCGUAACUACCACCCAAAGGAGCAAGGAACGGAUCAAACUCAGCAAAACAGAUUCGCGCCGCUGCAGAAUGGCGUGAACAAUCGCAACCAAGGGUCUAACGGCCACAAUCAAUCAUCCGCUUCAACCGCAAACCAAACUUUCCUGGUGACGGUAGAUGGCAUCAAGGCUGAUCUCACAACAGAGCGUCCGCUAUGGCCUUUGUCUGCAUACGGGCCUGGUCUUAACGCUCCUCGACAGCUAUUGGAGGGCGACCUGGAGCAGAGUUUUGAGGAAGUCCGCUUACAGCAUUAUAUUGCACAAGCGGCAGGCGCCAUACCGGCCUAUGUAAAUGAGGAGCAAGCUAUGCUUAAUCGGUCCAAUGAGCGAGUGCAAGCAAUUCUCAGAGAUCUAGAGGGGGCAAGGAAAUAUGUCAUCGAUGGUCAGCAUGAGCAUCCGAACCGGAGAGAUGCCGUGAUCACGCCAGCCAACGACUUCCCAAGAAACAGUGUGUCCAACACUCCCGCUGCCAAUCCACAAUCAGGUGGGUUUGGGGCAUUGAGCAGUGCCGCGCACAACAAUGGCAGCGCUUUCGGCAAACCGUCGGGCCUCGGUGCAACGAACUCAGCAUUUGGCGCGCCUUCUCAACUCGGCGCUGCAACAUCUGGCUUUGGACGUUCUUCUUCAGUCGGAGGUGGAGCUUCGUCCGCCUUUGGUCAGCCUUCAACUCUCGGCGGAGGCGGUGCGUCUGGCUUCAGUCAGCCCUCGACGCUCGGACAGACAGCAACCUUCGGUCAACCUUCGCAGCCAAGUGCAUUCGGAGCACCGAGCGCACUGGGUUCACAAAAAUCCGCAUUCGGGCAGCCAUUUCAGCCAUCUCCUUUCGCGGCUGCUCAACAACAAACGCAGGGGAACUCAAAUACAAGCUUUGGCCAGCCCCUGCAAUCAUCACCCUUUGGUGGCGCUCAGCCUCCCGCAGCCUCGCCUUUCGCUCAGCCUCCGGCUGCAUCUUCUGGUGGUGGUUUCAGUCAACCAUCAACUCUGGGCAGCAAUCUGAACAAACCUUCGCCAUUUGCACCCGCAAACAAUCAGCAGGGUUCAUCCGCUUUCGGCGCUCCAUCUGGACUAGGUCUCGGUGGACAAGCCAGCAACAGCGUGUCGCCUUUUGCUCAAGCGCAACCCCCUUCACAGCGAAACGCCUCGCCUUUCGGGCAGCAGCAACCUCAACAAGCACGGACUGCGUCUCCUUUUGCAGGCGGCUUUCAGAAUGCCGAAGCAGGUUCGCAACUCAAUAAACAGGUUCGGCGUGCCGAUGACGGCACUUCCUUCUACCUGAAGCCUCAUCCAACAGAGCCACACAAGCAGGUCAAAGUCAAGGUGUGGAUGCCAAACGGUCCUCCGACCGCUGCGCAUCUCGAUGCGGAAGGGCCGGCAGAAGCAUAUUCUGAUGGCAGUGCAGUAGAGGAGAUUAAGAAGAUUUAUGCGACGGCUAUGCAACGUGGCACGUUUGAGGGUAGUGCUAUGCCGGAGCUUCCUCCGAAACGAGAGUGGCUUGAGUGGGAUGUCUGAUGAGUAACUUAUUGAAUGGGCAGGACUAGCUAUUCGUGUAUGAUUUGUGUACC